AUGUUCAUUAAGGGCAGGGCUCCGAGGGCACUCCCCCGAGAGCGACGGCAAGCUCCCCGCGGCAGGCAGAGAGCGGCCUUUGUAGCCCCGCCCCCAAGCGUGGGCUCCACCUCCCGGCCCCACUUCCGCCGGGCGAGCAUCCGUAGUCGUCGCUGCCGUAAAAGCAGGUGGUUUGCCGCAUCACGGAAGAUGGCGGCCGCGGCGGUGAACGGGGCGGCGGGCGUCUCGAGCUCCGGGCCAGCUGCGACCUCGGGCGCGGUCCUACAGGCAGCGGCCGGCAUGUACGAGCAACUCAAGGGGGAGUGGAACCGUAAAAGCCCCAAUCUUAGCAAGUGCGGGGAAGAGCUGGGCCGCCUCAAGCUGGUUUUGCUGGAGCUCAACUUUCUGCCAACCACAGGGACCAAGCUGACCAAACAGCAGCUCAUUCUUGCCCGUGACAUACUGGAGAUUGGGGCCCAGUGGAGCAUCCUACGCAAGGAUAUCCCCUCCUUCGAGCGCUACAUGGCCCAGCUCAAAUGCUACUACUUUGAUUACAAGGAGCAGCUCCCCGAAUCGGCCUACAUGCAUCAGCUCUUGGGCCUCAACCUCCUCUUCCUGCUGUCCCAGAAUCGGGUGGCUGAGUUCCACACAGAGUUGGAGCGGCUGCCUGCCAAGGACAUCCAGACCAAUGUCUACAUCAAGCACCCUGUGUCCCUUGAGCAAUACCUGAUGGAGGGCAGCUAUAACAAGGUGUUUCUAGCCAAGGGUAACAUCCCUGCCGAGAGCUACACCUUCUUCAUUGACAUCCUACUUGACACUAUCAGGGAUGAGAUUGCUGGGUGCAUUGAGAAGGCUUAUGAGAAAAUUCUUUUCACUGAGGCCACCCGGAUCCUCUUCUUCAACACACCCAAAAAGAUGACGGACUACGCCAAGAAGCGAGGGUGGGUCCUGGGCCCCAACAACUACUACAGUUUUGCCAGCCAGCAGCAGAAGCCAGAAGACACAACCAUCCCCUCCACGGAACUGGCCAAACAGGUCAUCGAGUAUGCCCGUCAGCUGGAGAUGAUCGUCUGAGCCCGCCAGGCACUGGGGUGGGGCAGGGCAUGCGUUAUUUAAAAUAGUUACAGUGCAGGGUUUCCUCCAAUAAAGGUGAAUUGAUAUUCUCUUCUAGGCCCUUGUCUCCCCCAGUUGGGAUAGUGGGAAGACAAGUUCUUAUCUCUGAAGAACCUGGAAGUUUUGGGGCCUUCAGGGGUUGGAGGUAACACCUCUGAUUUGUGGCCAUUGCACAGCCUCUGUUUCAUGGCCGUUGCUCAGAGUCAGCGUCUGUUUCAUGGCCAUUGUUCAGGGUCUCAAACACAGAUGCCCACUGCAUGGCCCCAGUGGCACUGGCCAAUGAGAGAGCACAGGCCCCAGAUGGAGGAACUGUUUCAGCCAUUUGUGGACACAUGAGAAUGCGGGACCAGGUUAACAGAUUUUUUCAGCUAAGGUGGUGAAGUGUCCCAGUUUUUAAAAUGUUAGCAAUGAAUUAAACAAUUUUAAAAUGA